GGACGAGGCCUGCUGCUGUCUGUAUAAAGACUGCAGCAAACCUUGUUACCGUCAGAGCAGCCAAGUCCCCAAUCCCUCGCCCUAGCCUCAAAAAUGCUCGCCGCCCUCGGUCUCCUCGCCGCCGCUGGUGCCGUCUCGGCCGCCUCCAGCCCCGACAUCACCACCUUCAAGACCUCGCCAGUGGCCUUCACCUACCCUCCCCCUCGCGCGUUCAGCGCCUCGUCCGCCACCGCGUACCCCUGCGGUGGUGCCGACCUUGGCGCGCGCGUGCCCUAUCCCGUUACCGGCGGCAAGAUCUCGAUCGACGCGACGACCCUCGCCGCCAACGUCAACAUCAUGUACGCCAACAAGACCAACCCGACCCUGUUCCACGACUUUUCGACCUACACCGACACGGUGCUCGACAUGAGCGUCGGCGAGUGGUGUGCGCCUGGGCCCGACUUCCACGCCCUCGGCCAGCCCGCCGGCACCAACGUCACCCUCCUCAUCAUCUACCAGUUCUACGGCAACGACUCGAACCCGUACUACUACACGUGCGCUGACAUCAACCUUGUCGACGACGGGUCGUACGCCCAGCCGGCCUUUACGUGCUCCAACACGUCGGCGCUGCUCAACGUCGCCUCGCCCAAGGACUCGCUCGUGCUCCACGGCAGCAACUUUAGCGACGCCCAGAGCGGUGCCGACGGCGAGAACGUGACGAUCACCGCUACGCCUACCGCCCCUCUCGCUGCGGCUUCGACGCUCGCCGCGGCGUCUGCAGCUGGCUCGGCGGCCGCCAAGUCGUCUGCCGCCAAGUCUGCUGCCAGCGCCAGUGCCAGCGCUAGCGCCAAGGCGUCCUCGGCGCGCGCUCUGACCGCCGGUGCUGGCGUCGCGGCGUUUGCCAUGCUCGCUGCGAUGGUCGCUCUCUAAUGUAUACAUGCCCUAAGCAUGAAGCCGCAGGCGAUCACCUAUGCAUCAGUCCACGGGG